CUUCCUUAUUUUCCUAUUUUCAUAAGGUGCCCAUCUCUCCUGGGCAUCCCCUCGAGUCCGGAGUCGCGUUCACGUUUCAACCCCUCCGCCGCCCUCAACGCUUCUAUCCCAUCUCCUCCGCUUCUUCCUUUACCACGAACACACCCCCCCCUCCUCUCUCUCUCUCUUCCGUCCCCUCCUCUCUCUCUCACACACACACACACGCACACCCCUCUGGAAGUCAGGGAAAGAUUCGGAUUUUGAUUUGUUAAGAUCAAUCUUCAGCGCUGAGAAGAGGAGGAAAAGCCGAGAGUUGGGUCCGGAAGGAUCAAAGAACAUGACACUAUAAUUUCGUUACUUUUGUAUUAGAUUGGUCCUUCUAUCUAUCAUUUUAAGAGAUCUAGGCUUGAACGCAUCGGUUCUUAUGUAUCUGAGGUGGGCUUUGAGGAGCUUGAGCUCAAGAACGAGAUUUUUUGGCCGGAGACCUGAAAGUUUUUUGAUGGAGGCUCGUGUUGGAACGCUGCUGAGUGGAUAUGCUUCUAGUUCGAUCUCGAAGUAGGCAUUGGGUUUCAGAGAAUCGUUAUUUUGGGGUUCACGUGGCUUACAUGACAUCAGAUAUCAGAUUGAUCAAGAGCGGAACACUCUGGCUGAGGAACCUUUGGAUCCAUUUUCCCUUGUUGCUGAUGAAUUGUCCAUUAUUGCAAAUAGACUUCGUGCAAUGGUGGUUGCCGAGGUCCCAAAGCUAGCAUCAGCUGCUGAAUACUUUUUCAAAAUGGGUAUUGAAGGAAAAAGAUUCCGUCCUACGGUCUUGUUGUUGAUGGCAUCAGCUUUGGAUAUGCCCCUACCACAUUCAGUUGUCGAUGGUGUGUUUCAUAGCUUACCAAAUGAAUUGCGUUCAAGACAACAGUGUAUUGCAGAAAUUACUGAAAUGAUUCAUGUGGCUAGCCUUCUUCAUGAUGACGUCUUGGAUGAUGCAGAAACAAGGCGUGGUGUUGGCUCAUUGAAUUUUGUUAUGGGAAACAAGCUUGCUGUGCUAGCAGGAGAUUUUCUGCUCUCCAGAGCUUGUGUUGCACUAGCAUCACUGAAAAAUACAGAGGUUGUAUCAUUACUUGCAACUGUUGUGGAACAUCUAGUUACUGGUGAAACCAUGCAAAUGUCAACCACAUCUGAGCAACGUUGUAGCAUGGAGUAUUACCUGCAGAAGACAUACUACAAGACAGCCUCAUUAAUUUCAAACAGUUGCAAAGCUAUUGCUCUCCUAGCCGGGCAAACUGCUGAAGUUUCGAUGCUUGCUUAUGAAUAUGGCCGAAAUCUGGGUCUGGCAUUUCAGUUGAUAGAUGAUGUUCUUGAUUUCACUGGCACAUCAGUUUCACUGGGAAAAGGUUCUUUAUCUGACAUCCGCCAUGGAAUUGUAACAGCUCCCAUAUUAUUUGCCAUAGAAGAGUUCCCUCAGCUGCGUGAGCUUGUAGAACGAGGCUUUGACAACCCUAAUGAUGUUGAUGCUGCUCUCGACUACCUUGGGAAGAGUCGGGGAAUCCAGAGAACAAAGGAACUAGCUCAAGAGCAUGCAAACCGUGCUGUGAAAGCAAUCGAAGCUCUUCCUUACAGUGAUGAUGAGGAUAUCCAGAUGUCAAGGCGUGCUCUUGUUGAUCUUACUCAUAGAGUCAUCACAAGAACAAAGUGAAAACACCCAUCCGCCAUGCUGAGAAAGCCCACCUGUCUUCACCUAUAUUCUGAAAAUCUGGAUUUAUUGUUGCCUUUGUUUCCUGUCAAAUCAUUGCCCAUUCUAUUCAUACUUAUCCCUUGGCUCUGAAGAUCCAAAUUGUCAUGUAGUUCAAAUUUAUUGAUUUUUCGCCAUAAAUUUCAGCUCUCAUAGGUGUAAUCUAUUUAUUCAGAUAAACGCCUUGGCCCGUGGCUGUUUUUGGAUAACCAGGUCUGAAGCUUCGUUUCUGACCUCCAAGAAAAUAUCAUGCACCAAUACGUGGCAGUAGAUGACUUGUAUCAGCUAAAAUGGUUGUUUCUUGUA